GAGAGAGAGCGAGAGAGAGAGAGAGCCGUGGCUCAUUGAAAGCUGGAGCGUUUCCAUCUCGGCUAUUUUUUGCCUCUCCUCUCCUGCUCCCACCUAACCGAGCGAUGAAUUACACCGCACACACUCACCGCUUCGUGCCGGCUUCUUCUUCUCCCAUCGCGGGCUAACAGUCUCCGGAAUCUCCUUCUCAUCCUCCUCCUCCUCCUCCGGAGCGUCCUUGUCCUUCUCCUGUCGUCUCUUAACUUUGAGCAGUAUCUGAGCAACACCCACGGCGCCGGGCUCACAGACAAUGUCUUGAGGGAAAGCGAGGCGGUGAAGAUGACAGACUACCGGGAGGACGGUAUGGACUUGGCGAGUGACGCUUCAAGCCGCUCGGGCUCCGAGUCCAACUCGAACUCCAACAAGGUGACCCCAUGCUCGGAAUGCAAGUCCUCUCCGAGCCUGGAGCUGGCCGCCCUGGAUGACUACGAUGAGGAGGACGAGGAAUUCCAGCAGUACAAGAAGCGUGUCAUCGAGGACUGGGAAAACGAAUACGAUGCUGACAACCAGAAUGGCCAAGACAGAACCUUGCGGAAGGCAGUAAACGGCCGCAGCCUGGCCGAGGAGCUCCAAGAGGUCAAGAGUUCACCAGCCACUGCGUCUGAGGAACUCAAGCAGAACGGCAACCUGAUCCUGCCCAGGAAACCCCAGGCCAAGGCCAUUGCCAAGACCCCUGGUGCAGGCGGAGGUGGUGGUGGAGGGGGACUGGGAGUUGGAGGUAUGGGCUUGGAGGGGUGUUAUCGCCUCGGGGGUUACAGAGAGGACAGUGUGGUGGAGGAGGAGAGUCAGCUUCCCACCAUGGACUGGGCAGCGCUUGAGAGGCACCUGGCUGGAUUGCAGUUCAGGGAGCAGCAGGAGAACCACAACAGGAACCUGGGAAGGACCAACUCCAUGAACGCCCAAAAAAAUGAGCGGGAGUCCAUCAGACAGAAGCUGGCACUGGGGAGUUUCUUUGACGAUGGACCUGGAAUUUAUACCAGCUGCAGCAAGAGUGGCAAACCUAGCCUGUCCUCACGACUACAGAGUGGCAUGAACCUGCAGAUCUGCUUUGUUAAUGACAGUGGGAGUGACAAAGACAGCGAUGCAGAUGACAGCAAGACAGAGACCAGUCUAGACACACCUCUGUCCCCUAUGAGCAAACAGAGUUCAUCGUACUCAGACCGUGACACCACAGAAGAAGACUCUGAGUCUCUGGAGGACAUGGACUUCCUGAGCAGACAGAAGAAGCUGCAGGCCGAGGCCAAACUGGCACUGGCGAUGGCCAAACCCAUGGCCAAGAUGCAGGUGGAGGUGGAGAAACAGAACCGCAAGAAGUCACCAGUGGCAGACCUGCUCCCACACAUGCCCCAUAUCAGUGAGUGUCUGAUGAAGAGAAGCCUAAAGCCCACAGAUCUGCGAGACAUGACCUUGGGUCAGCUACAGGUCAUCGUCAAUGACCUCCACUCACAGAUUGAAAGUCUGAAUGAGGAGCUCGUGCAGCUGCUGCUGAUUAGAGAUGAGCUACACAUGGAGCAGGAUGCUAUGCUAGUGGACAUCGAAGACCUGACUAGGCAUGCUGAGAGCCAGCAAAAGCACAUGGCUGAGAAGACGCUUUCCAAAUAAUAAGCCCUGCUGUCAUCACCUAAAACCUUCCACCAUCAUGGCUUCGAUAAAGAGAAGAGCCACUUUUCUUUUGCUUCUGUGGAUGUACAAAUACAAAUGACGGAGCACUUCCUGACCGCAGAAAAACUCGUGUGUCUCAGAUACUGUUCCUGGCUUUCUGUGCAGUGAUUGGCCUUGCUUCUUAAUAGUCCUUAAUUUUAACUUUUUACAUUUGCCAGCAAAUUAUAUGUCAAAUUACCAAAAAAAAAAAAUAUAA